AUGAGUGCAAUUUGUUUGGACAUUGAUUUGUACAAAGUGUGUAGAAUCUGUUUAUCACAAACAGAUAUGAACCAUCCUCUUUUUAGCAUAUUUACGGACGCAAUAGUAGACGGCAUGUUUGUGACUUUGUUCGAAGUAAUGGAGGACUGUGUCGGGAUACAGAUCAAACACUCUGCCGAGGUGCCGGACAAAAUAUGUCAGACAUGCAAAACUACCAUAUUUCAAUUUCACGUGUUUAAACAGAAAUGUCAACGCGCAGAAAAUUUAUUACGAUCGAUGUUGGAACAUCGUCUAUCACUUGCAAGUGCCGAAGGAACGAACGAUAAUGAUUCGGACGAAAAUGAUUUUGCCAAUGAGGAACGAGAGGGUGAACCAUAUACUAUCAAUGGGGAACUUCCUCCGUCAGUGGAAUAUGUGGAAGAAACAAUCGAAGAAGAAGUUAUGGAGGUUAUAAGUAAUGAUAGCGAAAUUUUAAUCCCUCACCGAUGGGAUAGUGAUGUUACCCAGUCGCCAGAUAUGUUCGGUAUGUCCGAACUUCCUAAAAUAAGUAUUCUUAAUCGAGUAGUAUCAUCUUCCCUCAUUUGGGAACAAAAUUUACAUUCUGAUACGGUUUCAAAAUCACCCAACUUUGAAACAGCAUCAUCCAAAUUUGAACCUAUAAUGGAUACAAAGUCGAAAACAAUCGAUAGUAAUCGUUAUGUUUGUGACAUAUGUGGAAAAGUAGCUAUCUCCAGAUCACGCCUAACGAAGCAUAUGAAGCUUCACAAUGAUUCUAAAAUUGUAGUAGAUCAUAUGCGGUUUUUUUCUUGCACCUUUUGUGAAUAUGUGUUUCUACGGGAAGAAAAUUGUAAUGAGCACAUCCUUCGUUGCACUGGAAGAUCAACGUUUACUCUAAAGGAGAAUGAUGCAUGCUACGAGGCACAAAGUUUAGAGCGCACUAAGAGUAAUGUCGGCAGUGGUAUCUGUGGAAUCUGUGAUGCGAGGUAUGAUAAUAUGAUGCAUCUGAAACAACAUAUUAUUAUCCAUCUGGACAAAUUUACAUGCCCAUUGGAAGCAUGUGGGUGUGAAUAUGCGUCACUGGCCAGAUUAAACAUUCACAUUAGUACCCAACAUGUAGAAUACCUUUCGCCAAAUUGUCCUCACUGCAACGAAGAAAUCGAUCGGGUCGAUAUCAGACAACAUGUCCGACUCUUUUGUAAAGCGAAACAAUAUGAAUGUAAUCAUUGUGAUAGGAAAUUUCUCUCGUGGAAAUCUUUGUCGCAGCAUUUGAAAAAAUUACAACAAUGCUUCCAAUGUACACAGUGUGAUAAGUCAUUUUCCUCACAGGCAUCAUUGAAACUGCACGAGCGUACGCAUACUGGAGAGCGACCAUAUGUAUGCACGAUCUGCAAAAAAUCGUAUAAAACUCCAGGCAUGCGAACAGCGCACAUGGAUACGCAUAUUGAAGGAAAAACGUUCAAAUGUGACAUGUGUGGUAAAUGUCUUCAAACGCGUGCCUGCUAUCGAAACCACAUGAAACGGCAUUUAGAGCAGCGUAAUCACGAAUGUUUCGUGUGUCGGAAGAAAUUUUUCCAAAAAUGUACACUUCGUGUGCACUUGAAGAUGGUGCACAGAGUGUCACGUGAUGAAAUGAAUGCGUAA